AUGUCUAAGUUGGCGCAAAAAGCGUGUUCGUUUCGCGUAACGAGUAUCUAUGAGUGCAAACCUCUCUUCGUCCAACUGUGCGUGCAGCGACGCAUGUGUACACGAAUUAGCGGCGUUUCCGUGCCUGCGCGCGCAUGCGUGCCAAGCAAAAGUUACGAAUUGCACCGAUGGAGGCGGAUUGUGAGUUGGAGCUGUGGCGGCGGCGAUGAUGGUGGCAGCUUUAAAGGUGUGUGCGUGAUCAAGGAGACUCAAUGGUUGAAUAGAAAACUCGAUAUCCGCCGCAACCGCUCGUCCGUUGACUCCGCUUGGCAUUGUAUUCCCACCCACUCACACACAAGAUUUUACGUCACUUUCCUUUUCUUUCUGUCUUUCUUUCUUUCUUUCUUUCUUCUUUUCUUUCUUCCUUUCUUUCUUUAUUUCUUUUCCUUUGCUUCUUUCCAUAUUUCCUUCUUUAUCAUCCUAUUUGGCGAUUUAUUUUACUUUUUUAUAUUCUUUUUCAUUUGCUUUCUUUUUAUCGCUUUUCUUUUUAAUUUCAUUUAUUUGCGAUUACUCACAUCUGUCUCGAUAGAUUUCUAUCUAUCUAUCUAUCUAUCUAUCUAUCUAUCUAUCUAUCUAUCUAUCUAUCUAUCUAAAUCUUUUUAG